GAAGAGGAGGACAUCCACAGAAGGAGAGGAGGAGCAUCAAAUCUGCGAGGAUCCAGGAUUCUGCUUUCACCGAGGUACCGAGCGGAAUCACCCCGCCUCCUGCUGCAUCAACCGAGCUGCUGCCCGGCCCUCAUCAACCAGACUGAGAGGGAACGCCUCCUGAGAUCACAUGAUUAUGGAGAACUUCCUGUUUCUGCUGCUGCUCAGCUCAGUGCUGCUGCAGGACGCUGAGGGAGGAGAUGUGUGUGUCUCGGGUCACGACAGCGGGCCAGUCUUCGAGAAACAGCCCAGCAGCUUAAUUUACCCAGAAGGCCUCACUGAGGGAAAGGUGACCCUCAGCUGCCAGGCCAGAGCCAACCCUGCUGCCUCCUACAGGUGGCUGGUGAACGGCACAGACGUCCCGUUGGGGAUGGAUGUGCGUUACACUCUGGUGGCGGGCAGUCUAGUGAUCAGCAGCCCCGAGGGGGUCAAAGACACCGGCUCCUAUCAGUGUCUCGCCAUCAACCGCUGUGGCACCAUCAUCAGCCGCGCCGCCGUGCUCAAGUUCGGCUUCCUGGACGAUUUCUCCUCCGACAGCAGGAGUCCUCAGACGGGGUACGAAGGCGUGGGAACUUUUCUGGCCUGUCAGCCCCCUCCUCAUUACCCAGCUCUGUCGUACCGCUGGUUCCUCAACGAGUUCCCGAGCUUCCUGAAGAAGUUCGACGGCCGUUUCUUUGUGUCUCAGGUGACGGGGAACCUUUACCUGGCAAGGGCGGAGCCCAACGACACGGGGAACUACUUCUGCUUCACCACGGUCAACCUGGAGAUCAGCAGCAAGAGCACGUUCAGCCGCGCCAACCAGCUGACCGUGCUGCCCGACGCCAGUCCCAGGAAGUCGGCGCCAAGCAUCAAGGUGCGUUUCCCGGCAGAGACAUACGGGCUGGCCGGCCACACCGCUCAGUUAGAGUGCUUCGCUUACGGAAACCCCGUCCCCAAGCUGCGCUGGAGGAAGGUGGACGGUUUGAUGCCAUCUAAAGCGGGCACCAGCGUGGAGGGUCCCACCCUCACCCUGCCCGAUCUGACCUUCGAUGAGGAGGGCGUGUACGAGUGUGAGGCGUACAACUCGGAGGGAAGUGACACGUACCAGGGACGCAUCAACGUGCAAGCUCAGCCCGAGUGGCUGCAGGUGAUGAGCGACUCGGAGGUGGAGAUCAGCUCGGAGCUUCACUGGAGCUGUGUCGCUGCAGGAAAACCACGACCAUCUGUACGCUGGCUACGCAAUGGACAGCCACUCAGCACGCAGGACCGGGUGGAGGUGAACGGGCCUCGUCUGAAGAUCAGUAACCUGGCCCUGGAGGAUUCUGGGAUGUAUCAGUGUGUGGCUGAGAACAAACACGGCACCGUCUACUCCACGGCCGAGCUCAGAGUCCAGGUCCAGGCUCCAGACUUCAGGUUGAACCCGGUCAGGAAGCUGAUCCCAGCAGCCCGGGGAGGUCAGGUGAUGAUCGAGUGCCGCCCCCGAGCCGCCCCAAAGCCUAGUCUGUUCUGGAGCCGAGGGACGGAGCUGCUCACCAACAGCAGCAGAGUCACGGUCAGUCCAGAUGGAGUUCUGUGGAUCCACAACAUCAGCCGAGCAGACGAGGGGAAGUACACCUGCUUCGCUGAGAACUACCUGGGCAAGGCCAACAGCACGGGACACCUGUCUGUCAGAGACGCCACAAAGAUCACUCUGGCUCCGUCUAACGCCGACAUCAACCAGGGCGAGAACGUGACGCUGCAGUGCCACGCCUCCCACGACCCCACCAUGGACCUGACCUUCACCUGGGCCCUCAACGGGGCCCUGCUGGACCUGGAGGACUCUGCGGGGCCGUUUCACCGGGUGGAGGGGAAAGAGAACAUCGGCGACCUUCUGAUCGUGAACACUCAGCUGAGUCAGGCGGGGGCGUACACCUGCACGGCUCAGACCGUAGUGGACAGCGCUGCAGCGUCCGCUAAACUGGUGGUCAGAGGGCCCCCUGGUCCUCCUGGAGGUUUGCUGGUGAAGAACGUUGCUGAGACGUCGGUGGAGCUCAGGUGGAGCCGAGGAUACGACAACCACAGUCCCAUCGGGAGAUACGUCCUGAUGGGGCGAUCGUCACUGUCGUCAGAGUGGAGGAAGAUGAGGACAGACCCGGUGAACAUCGAGGGGAACGCUGAGUCGGCCCGUGUCAUGGGUCUGAUGCCGUGGAUGGAUUACGAGUUUCAGGUCAUCGCAAGUAACAUCCUGGGCAGCGGAGAGCCGAGCACGCCAUCACACACCAUCCGCACUCAGCAAGCAGCCCCCACUGUGGCCCCCAGUGGACUCGGAGGAGGAGGAGGAGACCGCAGUGAGCUCAUCGUUACCUGGACGCCGAUGGCCAGAGAGUAUCAGAACGGAGACGGCUUCGGCUACAUUCUGGCGUUCAGGAGGAAGGACACGUCGUCGUGGACGGUGGCCCGUGUUCCUCACGUGGAGUCUUCUCGAUAUGUCUACUUCAACGAGAGCCUGACGCCGUACAGCCCGUUCGAGGUGAAGAUCAGGGCGUUUAACCGGCGAGGAGAGGGACCGUUCAGUCAGAUCGCCGUGGUGAACUCUGCAGAGGAAGAGCCCACGGUGGGACCCUCCAGCAUCAACGCCACGGCUCUGACCGCCUUCGAGAUCCAGGUGUUCUGGGAGCCCGUCCAGCAGCUUAGCGCCAACGGAAUCCUGCGAGGAUACGAGAUCCGGUAUUGGCGGCAGCACGAGCGUGAAGCGGCGGCAGAUCGAGUGAGGACAGCGGGACUCGAGACGUCAGCCCGAGUGUCCGGACUCAGACCCAGCACUCGGUACCACGUCGCCGUCCUGGCCUACAACAGCGCAGGCACGGGGCCACCCUCGCCACGCACCACUGUCACCACCAGGAAACCCCCUCCCAAUCGUCGCCCGGGUAACGUGUCGUGGAAGACUGAUGCAUCGUGGGUAACGAUGAGGUGGGACCACGUGAAGGCGAUGCACAACGAGUCCGCUGUGCUCGGAUACAAAGUCCUGUACAAACACGAGGGUCUGACGUCUCUGAAGGUUCUGGAUAAGUCAAAGACGUCCGUGACCCUGCCACUGCCCAAAGACAACGGUUACGUGGUCCUGGAGAUCCGGUCGUGGGGGGAGGGCGGGGACGGACCGGCACACGAGAUUAUCGUGUCCCGGGACUCAGGAACUGGUAUGAUGGUGCAGAACGAAGCCCCGUCGACACGGCCCAGCUUCCUGCACCUCCUCUCUGGAUUGGUCCUCCUCUCUCUUGUGUCAUUCUCAGGCCUGUGAGCUCGGCCAAUCAGUGGACUUUUUACUUUUAACGGCAUGAAACUAAACUAAAGCUCCUCUCUGUGUGUGUCAGCCUGAGUUAGGGGUGCUUGGGGGGGGGGGGGGGGUUAAUGAGGGUGGGGAAGGUUGCAGUACUGCAGGGAUUCACGUCUUUCUUUUUUUAUAUCAAAAACAAAACAAGUGACGUGGUUUUUUUAGGGAGGUUUUAAUGGGGGGGGAGGGGGGUCAGCUCUGUGUGUUUGUGUGUAUGUGUCAAUUAAACCAUGCCUUAUGGGGACCAUCACAUCCAUGUCUCAUUGUCUCACACUGACGUCGUCUCUCAGACACACUCACAGCCUGCAGCUGUUAAUAAUAUGUGUGUGUCGGUGAACACACAGGACAGGUGUGUGUGUGUGUAUGUUCACUCUGAAAGCUACUCCACUGCUCAGAUUUAAAAGGUCAGGGAUUCCUAAAUCCAGCUUUUAUUUGUGUGUAAGUCACACAUUCCCACCAAACACACCAGGAACUUUGUGUCCCAGCGUCAAAAUCUGAGAAAGAUAAAACAAAUAUCUUCUUAGUCCCCAGGGUCGCCACAAUACCAAAAUUUUAAACCUUGAUAUGAUUCCAGUUCAAAUCAAACGAUGCUGAUACCUGUUAGUGACAACAACAAUAGAUGUCCUAGGCACCUUGUAUUGGGUGAAUAAUGGUUCCUGCACAAUGUCUAAAAUUGCACAAAAUCAUGAGCAACAUUUAAACCUUUUUGUGCACAAGACAUAAAUACAGACGUGUAAAAACCUAACAUGUCAUCAUGAUGGAUGUGAGUGAGAUAAGAGACACAAAGACCAACAGUCUUCAGUAAAAGUGUAGUGGCAACAAUGUCUACAGCUGAUUUAGAAACCCAACAGCUGAUUGGACAAACAACUUCAGAUAUCCGUUUGAUUUGAGCCUCCUAACAGAAGUGAACCUCCUCCCUGUCUGCAGAAGUCUAAACUCUGCUGCAGAGGGUGCUGAGGGUCUUCCAGGUCUUUCCUGUAAUCUCUCUGUAUGCAGACGACUCUCUGCUCAGUGUGAACACAUGACACUCACACAUGUUAACAUCUGUAAACUGUGAGUCUGCAGGAACAUGUCGCAUGUCCACAUGAAUGUUUAGAGUUUGUAUAUUUAUUUCUUUGUUUACUCGUGUGGUGCCUGCAGUGUGUGAAACUUGUGAUCAGUGUUAUCGGGGUUUAUUUAUCUCUUUGUGACGAUAAGAACGAGGUCUCAACAGUAAAUACAGUCGUAUAUCGCCCUCCUGUCAGCCUCUAUCAGCUCUUACAUCAUGUUAGUCUGGCUACAGGUAACAGGAAGGAUGUGACCUCUGACCUGUGUCUCAUGUAACACACACACACACACACACACACACACACACACACACACACACACACACACACACAUUCACGUCCAGAUAUCACUGUUCGUCUCUUUUGUUGCCUUAUUUUACUCCUAAUGGUUUAAAGGUUUUUAGUUAAACUUUUGAAUCCUCCAAAUGUUAGAAAGGAUCAGAUCCAUGCUCAGAGUCAGAAACAAACCACAAACAUGUUCCUUUCUCUUAAAAUAUGAGCUGAAUCCUCCCUGACUUUAAAGAAACUUCAAAUGUCUUCUUUGGUUCUGUUAAAAAAGAUACAAGCUCGCAGCUCCUCUAAAGAGGAAGACUCUAGUGGACACUGGAGGAAUUGCAGCUGUAAAGUUGGACAUUUUAACAUGGGGCUCUAUGGGGACUAACUCACUGCAGGAGACACUGGAGGAACUGCAGUUUUUUGGCCCUUGUACAUGGCUUAGAGUUAAAAGCCUUAUCUUAGAAUAAAUCCAACACUAAUGUUAAAAUCUUUUAGAAUAUCUCGGUUUAAAAACGGUUUUAAUAGCCAUUGUUUUAAAUCGCUCACGUGUUGCAGCUGUACAGUCUCCACAGAUUCACGUCCUCUGUGUGUACACGAGUCUUUAAGAACCAAAACACACUGAGACUCACACAUCAUCAAAUCCGACAACUUAUAAACAUCUCAACGGUAAUAAAAAUAUGAUAUCAGGAAGAUCCAUCUGAGUUUGUUUGUGGGACCAUGUUUCCAGCUCACCUGUUUUAAAGAAGUUUACAAAGAGGAAGAAAACCCUCCUAAAGGUUAAAGAUCACGUCUGUGGAGUCGGACUGGAUUCUGUGUUUGAAGCAGUCGGUCUGGAUUCUGUGUUUGAAGGAGUGGGACUGGAUUCUGUGUUUGAAGUAGUCGGACUGGAUUCUGUGUUUGAAGGAGUGGGACUGGAUUCUGUGUUUGAAGUAGUCGGCCUGGAUUCUGUGUUUGAAGGAGUGGGACUGGAUUCUGUGUUUGAAGUAGUCGGCCUGGAUUCUGUGUUUGAAGGAGUGGGACUGGAUUCUGUGUUUGAAGGAGUCGGACUGGAUUCUGUGUUUGAAGGACUCUGUACAGUAUCUACAUCUGUUGACGGUCUGGACAACGUGUUGACCUGUGUGAUUCAGUGUUUUAUAUUUUUUUACUUUGCAGGUGGUUGAAUGAUGGACCACUUGAUUGUACCAUGAUGUGUUUUAUUUUUCGGUGCAUUUUGUGCUUCAUGAUCAAAACACCAAAACGUAGGGUUAGCUAACGUAACGUGGGACGCAAACUUGAUUGAAGUGAUUAUUAAAUAAAUGUGAAUUCAUGUUUUGCAGCUCAGAAACGUUGAACCCGUCUCGUCGUCUCCGCCGCGCUCCAGAUGUCUGAGAAGUUUUCAGAUUUUGUGUUUUUGUGCUUUUCUCUGUACAAAGUGUGUGUUUGUAAUGCUGCCUUUAGUGUUCAUGAGGAGACAUCGUCUCUCUGAGGGUCUGAAUGAUGAACGCUGACUGUAAAUAUGAUUUCAAAUAAACACCUUGGGAUUGUAUUAAA